AUGGAGGAGGAAAGCCUCCAAAUUAUCAUUUGGGGGCAGAAGUCUACCAUCCCAACUUCUGUGCAAGGCAACUUGGCUGCCCUCAGCUCAUUCCACUCAAAUCUUAUAGAAGUUGUAAUCGGGGCACUUCUUGAAGAGAUGCAGAUGACUUGGAGGUGCACAAGGAUGCUAGAUAAGGCUAGGUUCCAUGAUCUACCUGCUUCAAGCACUGCACUUGAGGUGCUUUUUAAGGGCUGGGAUGGAUGGACUAUCCACACAGGAGAGGAGACUCACAAAUUUAUGGUGCAGACCAUCAAGGACAUCAAUGCUCAAGUUAUAGAAGAUCCCUCCUUGACACAGAACAUUGGUGGACAGUCUGUCCAGGCUGGAAAAGUAAUUGUCACUUCUGUUAUUGCAGCCGGAGAUUUGGAACUGCCUUCUGGAGAAGGAGAAGAAGAAGAAGAAGAAGAAGAAGAUCGGGCAGAACAAACGGCUGUUGAGGCCGCUCCUUCUUCUGCCAGAAGAAAAAGAAAGGAAAUUGCUCAGUCUGUGGCUUCAGCUGGGAGUCCCUCUCCUCCUCCUACUAAGUCAAAACGACUUAGAAAGAGGAUUGUAGAGGAAUAUGUGGCCCCGGAGGCAACUGCAGCAGUUCCCACCACAACUUCUGGCACAGAUGAAGAGCUGAGAGAGGCUUUUGAAGCUGUGGAGCAAGAGGAGUUAGAGGCUCUAGAAGAGGUUGGAGAGAGACCUCAAGAAGAAACAAAGAUAGUAGAAGAAGAAGAAGAAAUUCCUGCUGAAGUGAUUGCAGAGAGCAUCGCUUUGGCUCAGAAGCAGCAAGAGAAGACAAGGGCAGAGCUGACUAGCUCAGAGCUGGCCCUGUUUGAGGAUCUAGAGGCAGAAUACUCUACUGCUGCUCCAGCGGCUGAGGGACAGGCAGGACAAUCUGUAUCAGAACCUGUGGACCAGGCUGUGGUGGUUCCAGAAGCUGGAGUAGAAGUGGAUGCCCCUGCUCCUGAAGUUAUGAUGCCUAUUCAUUCCCUUCCAGGUUCAUCUGCCACGGCCUCCUUUGCUGAUCCAGAACUGGAAGAGUUUGAAGCCCUGGACUUAGAUGCCUAA